UAUUAUUAUUAUUAUAAAUUUCAAAAAAUAAAAGUUGUUUACUCCUUUUGUGAGCAUAAUUUUGAUGCUUUUGUGGUCAAUUCUCCUGCAGUGUCCAAGUCUGGAAUAGUGGAAAUUCUUAUUAUGUUUCUAUUCCUAAAGUAUAAAAGGAAAGAGAAUUAGAAAUGGAUAUAUUCAUGAAAUGGUAACCAAUUGAAGAUAAGUGAAGUGAGAACAUACUAAGAUGGACUACUUGUAUUACUGUACUCUCUCUCUCUCUCCCUCUUUCUCUCUCUCAAUGGACUACUGCUCUUUAGAAUAUUUGAAGCCUUAUCUAAAAUUUUCAAGGUCAUGUAUCUAGUUGCUGUUGGUGGUGUACAUAUCUAUCACAGUUUGUGCUUUGAUAUUAACGUUUUCAUAAUAAUUUAUCUUUCUAUUCAUUACUUUCUUUUUUCUAUGUUUUUCAACUUAAACAUCUAAAGUCAAUAAAUCAAUGCUUGCAUUUCUGAUAGAUUCUAUAUUCAAUGAAACAGGCCCCUGUACUUUUCAAAGGGAUUGGCCAUUCAUUAAAUUCUGCCAAUAACUUGGCUAUGAAAGUUCUUGGAGCCUCUCCUUCUACAUAUUCUGCUAAUCCAAAAUCCAAGUUGUCAAAUCCUCCGUCCCUUACCGGAUCUGCUAUAUCAUUGGUUUCAGUUGUGCAGGCUAGAAAUAAUGCACGGAUUAUGAUCGCUGGCUCUUUAGAUAUGUUCAGUAAUGGAUUGUUCAAAUCAGGUGUGCAGAAGGCUGGGAGCUCAAAUAAGAGCUUGCAUAUUUGUUAGAAGAGAAAAACAUGUCUCUGGCAGCGAUUCAGGCAGCUCAUGAGUUGGAAAUAAAUAACUUGGGCUUAGAACUUGAGAAAGAACGUGACAAGUUAGCAAAUAUUCAGCUAAAAUUACAAGGUUCUUCCCUACUCUUUCAAUGUCCAGUUGUAAUAUCACAUUUUGUCGUUUUAAAUUUCUCGCCUGAUCUCUUUUCCAUUCCUACAGGAACUGAAGUUGAAUAAAUCCUUUCUAUUGGAAUUAGGUUCUGAAUUAGGUUCGUUUCUAUUGGAAUUGAUGGCUAUUUUGGCCUUUUGACAUUAU